CGCGGAUUAAUCCGCGCGACAGUCUCGCGAACAUAUAUUUGCGAUCGUCGAACGAUCGGCGUCGCGACGUCGACGUCGACGUCGUUUAUAAUAUAACCACAUUCCGAUUGUCUAUCAAAACGUCUCUUACAGUUUACGCGAACCGCCUUUGCAAUAUCAACGAUGCUGCCGCCGUCUACGGUGUUAUUGCAACGAAAACCGAACGACGACAAAAUGGCGAUGGAAGCUUCAUCCAUGGUGGUCGACUACCUGGUGUUCGCCGUGUGCAUCAUAGCGUCAUUCCUCAUACCUCUGUGGGGUAAAUUCAGGGCUAAGAAGAAGGAAACUAAGGCCGAUUACGUCUUCGCGACCGGUAGCGUGUCCAUGGCAGCGAUGAUGCUUUCGAUCGCCAGAGGCACCCUCGGGGUACGAUCGUUCCUCGGAUAUCCAUCGGAAUUGUACUACAGAGGUAGCGCGAUGUGGGAAACUUUAUACGGGAUGUUACUCGCCUAUCCCAUAGUCUGCUUCGUCUUCGUACCCGUAUACUACAAUCUCGGGAUAACGUCGGUCUACCAGUAUUUGGAUAUGAGAUUCAAAUCCAAGUCGGUGAGAUGCAUAGCGAGUUUUUCAUACGUCAUACGAAGUCUUCUGAACUUGGCGGUAACCGUGUUCACACCCUGCGUAGCCUUGAAGACCGUCAUCGGGCUUCCCUACUGGGCAAGCAUAAUCGCCAUAACAUCGAUCGCCGUGGUCUUCACCGUGAUGGGUGGACUGAAGGCAGCGAUUUUGGCGGACGUUAUCCAAGGACUUACGAUGAUCGGAGUGUCGGUGGCGAUGAUAUUGCAAGGUGUGUUCCAAGUCGGUGGAUUCGGGGCGGUUUUGAACGUAACCGUCGAGAGAGGACGUCUCGAUUUUCUCGACUUCAACACAGACCCGACGAUCCGUGUGACUACGAUAUCCGCGAUCGUUGGACAACUUUUCAUGAGUCUAUCGAUAUUCGGAUGCCAGCAAAACUUCGUGCAGAGAUACUGCAGCAUGAGCAGUCAAAAAAAGGUCACAAGAACUCUGAUGGCGAACGUUCCAGUUAUCACGGUGCUAUUCUCAUUAUCGUGGGUAGUCGGAAUGGUGAUAUUCGCAGUUUAUGCGGACUGCGACCCCCUGACACGUGGUUACAUUUCGAAGUUUGACGAAAUCGUGCCGUUCUACGUCGAAGAUAAGUUCGUCUAUCUACCGGGUCUCCUGGGUCUCGUGAUGGCCACGUUGUUCAACAGCGCUCUGAGCCUUGCAGUUUCAAACUUGAACUCCCUGGCGACCGUCACCUGGGAGGACUUCUUCAGUCAAUUGCCGGCCCUCAACAACCUCAAGGACACCCAACAAUUAAACAUAAUAAAGUUCAUCGGUAUACUUUACGGAUUCAUAAUAAUGGGCGUGAGUUUCCUCGUCGGUAUGUUGUCCGGCGUCAUCGAGUCCUCGAUGCUGAUGACCUCCGCCACGUCCGGACCGCUGCUCGGUGUUUUUCUCCUCGCGCUUCUGGUCCCGUGCGCCAACUGGAAGGGCGCUUCCGCCGGGAUGAUAUGCAGCCACGUGAUCGUGCUCUGGAUAACCUUCGGAAGCCUCACGAUUCACAAACCGAUCCUAACGUUGCCGCUCUCCGAGGAAGGCUGUCACAACAACAGCUUCUCCGAUCACAUCAUGAGACCCGGCGCCAUACUCAACCUGCUACCCGACGAAAUAACCACCACCCCCGCAACGACGACGCAGUCCACCAUUUUGGACGCUCCCUCGGGACCCCUGGACGCCCUCACCUACCUCUACAGCAUAACGUACAUGUACUACGCCUUCCUGGGUAGUCUGAUAACAGUGGUGGUCGGCAUAAUUGUCAGUCUUUUGACGGCCGACGAGAAAAGUGACAUGUACGAGGAACACCUUCUCCAUCCGCUGGCCGUUAAGUUCGCCAGACUUUUCCCCGGAAGAGAGAGGAUAUACGCGAGUACCACGAGACUCGGUAGUAGCGAAGAAAUUUCGAGCAACUCUAUAGAUCGAUGCGGCAAAAUUGGACCGAAUCCAUUAUCGGAUAUAAAUGGAAAGACCGAACUGGACUCGGCUUAUGUAAAGAAAUUGAACGCUCUCAAGGGAUUAUCUCUGGACGUGACAAACGAAGUAUCAAAAAGCACGAAACUCUAAGGGGUUUUUCUUCAUUCCUCGUUUGUUGUUGUUGUUUUUUUUUGUUUUUUUUUGUUUUUUCUCUUUCUCCACAUCCCCCCCCCUCUUUCGAAGAGCAGAGUCCCGUUGAUGAUCGCGGAAUGUUGGUGGUUUGAGAGUGCGGGCACUUAACAUUUCGCGGGUCGGGUCCCUUUGUGCUGCGACGUGAAAAGGAUUGGAGCGGAGAAGAAGUAGUAGAGCAAAAGAAGAAAAAAAAAAAGAAGAAAUGAAAUGACAAAUUGAAACAAAACAAAGUGGCAAUUAUACCGAAUACUCAAAAGCCCUGAGAAGAUGGUGGGUGCUGAUAGUCGCGUCCUUUGGGGGGGGGGGGGGUGGAUCGAGGUGCGCGAUUAAAACUUAUUUCAGGUGUUUAUUUUAAGAGAAACUUAUUGACUACGAGGAGAGGGGAAUAAAAAGAAACGGGAUUAGCCGAAGCAUAAAACUGACACAAGCAGCUGUCGGUCUUCGUUUAGUUCGCGUUUACGACAGCGGCUUAAGUAAUCGCUAGUCACCGGUGCGUAUAGUGCAUCAUUAAUUAGUGAGGCAAACGUAUUACACCACACGUUAAGUUGCGUCGAAUGGAGAUAAAUCAAUUCCGCAAAAACAAAAAAAAUAAACAGAAAACAAAAAACAAAAUAAAAUAGAAGAAGGAGAAGAAGAAGAGGAAAGAAACAUACCCGACAACUCUUGCGAAGGUGCUGUGUUAAUAUUUUAAUCGCGAUCGUGGACGAUAUAUUUCAAUUAUUUCAAUUUGUUAUCGUAUAGUCGCUUUCCGACAGCGUGAUUGAUCGAUCGAACGACAAAAAAAGAAAUGAACUGACAACCGGUAUCGAUCCAUCCGCGGGAACAUUUGUACAUAAUUUUUAACGUUAGACUACCACGAUGAAUCAUCACUACGACGUAUGAAUAAUUAUAUAAUUUAAAUGUGCGAGAGUAUUAUUGUGAGAUUGGUGAAUUAUUUGUAUAGAUUUAUUUUUAAUUUCUGUCUUGUUAGUUUCUAUCGUCUCUUUUUUAGUAUGUCUAUCUUUUAUACUCGAAACCUUGCUGCAAUUGGGAUGCGAACGGAUAUCGAUCUCGGGAUCUACGAUGCACACGCGUCGAGAUCCCCGCAGACGAAAUAGUUUCAUCCGAUCAUGAUUAUGAAGACAGCAAUAACGAUUGUUGAAUACUGUUACCGUUACGAUUAAUAUUAAAAUAUCACGUAUUGUAAAAUAUCAUAGUAGUUUGUUUUGUUUUUUUUUUUUUCUUUCUUUUUUUAUCGACUAGAAUAUUAAUCUUACGAACCAGUAGUUUUUUAUCCUAAGAAAUAACAAUUAACGCGUCAAUUAAUGAGACGCUCGUACAAAAUACAAAAAAAAAACAAUAUUGAUUAAUUUCUUUCUCAAAUAUAAAAUAAUAAUUCUGAUAAAACUGAAA